CCGAACAUCCCCUCCCUCUUGCCUCCAAAACAUCCUCUUCGUAUCUUUUUUAUAAUUUACCGAUUCUGUGGCUUUCAGUUUUCACAAUUUUUUGGUAACUUCUUUUCCCCAAAGAAUAUUGCUCUCUUCUUCGCCGGUUCCGUCGCGAACUAAUUUUCACCUCCCCAACUUCUGCCUGACUUUCUUCCGUAGGGCUGCUGGUAUCCGAUUCUUGUUUACAAUCUGUUCCCAUUCUUCCUUUGCUAUCUUCGCUGCUAACAUUGUUGAAAUUGUUCGGUAUUGCCAUUUCCCGAGUUUGAAUAGCUUCUUGUAGGGAUUGGCUCUCAACCGAAGGCCAUUCAGCAGGACUGGAACUACAAUAGAGUAAUGGCGUCUUCAGAUGAUGAGGCUGAGACCUUACCAGUACCACCUGUCUCAAAUUAUUCUCUUUCAUUGUAGGUCGGAUUUUUAGUCAUUUUUUAUUUUGUUAUUCCACUCAUUGAAUUUAGUUGUUAAGUAGCAGGACUGGAACUACAAUAGAGUAAUGGCGUCUUCAGAUGAUGAGGCUGAGACCUUACCAGUACCACCUGUCUCAAAUUAUCACUUUGUGGAUCACAAGGAAGAACCUAUUUCAUUCUCUAUUUUGCCGAUUAAAUGGGAUGAAGGGGAGAGACUGGAGGGCAGUCAAGAACCUGUUUUCCUCCAUGGUACAGUUGAUAAUGGACUUCAAAAGGUUUAUAAACAGGUUACCGCAUGGAGAUUUAAUAUUUCUGGUUCAAAGCCAGAGAUAUCGGUGCUUUCCAAAGAGAAUGUGUGGAUUACACUUCAGAAGCCUAGAAAGAGCUUUGAGGAUACCAUUAGAACCAUCUUGAUCACAGUGCACUGCCUUCAUGCUUUGAAGAGGAAUCCAGAUACAUCUAGCAAAUCUUUGUGGGAUCUAUUAGCUAAAACCUUUAGCUUGUAUGAAGUGAGGCCUUCCCAGAAUGAUUUGGUGGAUCACAUGUCAUUAAUCGGAGAAGCAGUUAAAAGGGAUGAUAUAUUGGCCAAGUCCCAGGUUCUCUUUCAUUCUUGUGCAGACAAUGAAAAGAUUAUGUUCAUUUGUUUUGUUGAAUCUUAUAGCUGUGAUGGGAGGUGCAUGAGGUCCUUUCAUGCAACUGAAGAGGAUGGUGAUUGUUUCUCGCUCGGUCUCUCUAAAGAAGAAGUAGAUGCAAUUGAAACCUUUAUUUGCAAGAAUUGCGAGUACAAACAGCACCAGUGCUAUGCUUGCGGGAAUUUAGGUUCAUCUGAUCAGUCUUCUGGUGCUGAGGUCUUCCAAUGCGUAAAUGCAACUUGUGGUUAUUUUUAUCAUCCUAAAUGUAUUUCAAGAUUGCUUCAUCCGGAGAAUAAAGUUGCCGCUGGAGACCUUGAGAAGAAGAUUGCAUCUGGAGAAUCUUUCUCAUGCCCUGUGCAUAAGUGCUCUGUUUGUGCGCUCGGCGAAAAUAAGAAAAUAUGGGAACUACAGUUUGCUGUUUGUCGACGGUGUCCAAAAUCAUACCACAGGAAAUGCUUACCAAGGAAAAUCACUUUUGAAGGUUCUGAGGAUGGUGAAACCCCGACCAGGGCAUGGGAAAAGCUAUUACCUAAUCGCAUUUUGAUAUAUUGCUUGGACCACGAGAUUGAUGAAGAAAUUGAGACUCCUGCUAGAGACCAUAUAAAAUUUCCUGGUCUUGAAGAGAGUAGGCUUCCCAUUCAGAAAAGGAAACUUCCUAUCAGUGAUACAAGACGAGGGAAGACGAUAGUUUUUCGUGGGAGUAGGGAGAAUGUUGUAUCAAAGAAGGGAUCUAUGCCAGAUGACCUUCAGGGAAAAUCUGCUGCAAAAGUAUCCAAAUCAUUUGAGAGGUCCUCAUCUGAUGGGAAGCUUCUUGGUAAAGUGACUGCGAAAUCAUUGUGGAGUUCUGAGUCUAAAAAUGUGAAAUUGGGUAACAUUUCAAGAAACUCUUUGAAUCAAAAAGGAGAAUCUGUCCUCAUGGACAUUGAUAAGACGAUCAAAGUGAAAAAAUCCUCCUUAGUUGGCAAGUCUGCCAUACCAACCAAGAGAUUUGAUCCAAGUAAGAUUUACAAGGAGGAUAGAAGUGGGAUGCUCCUAUUAGAUGCCAAUUCGGAGAGGAGGUUAAUGGACAUGAUGAAAAAUGUUGCAUCGUCAAUUACUUUGGAAGACGUAAUUAAGAAGCACAAAGUCCCAUCUACUCAUGCAUAUUCUUUAAAACAUGUAGUGGACAAGACAAUUAAGAUGGGGAAGUUGGAAGGGUCAGUUGUGGCUGUUCGAGCUGCUCUGCGCAAGCUUGAGGAAGGAUGUUGCAUUGAGGAUGCAGAAGCUGUUUGUGAGCCUGAAGUUCUUAAUCACAUAUUUAAGUGGAAGAUUGUUGAUAGGCUUCAUUGGUACAUAGAGAAAGGCAAUACAGGCAGCAAGUUAAUUGGGAGAAGUAAGCAUUAUAUGGAGGCAAUAUUGAUGAGGCUACAUUGAUCUCUACUUCUUCAAGGCUGAAUUGGGAGGCUGGUAAUUGCCUUUAUAUAUCUUGGCUUACCUCUUGGUGGUUAUUCUAAACAGCAGUCUUUUUGGCAGCCUGUUAUAGAUAAAGUCCAUUUGAAACUCGAUAAAUGGAAAAGGGUAUAACUUGUCCAGAGGGGCCGUUUAACUUUUUUUUUUUUAA